GAUGUUUGGAGGCUAACAGGCUAAGAAGCUAAGAGCAUUUUAAUCGGAUUGUGUUUGAUCUGCACCUCAACCUACCUGCCCUGAUCGACGGCUGUUUCUUGUAUUUUGAGGCCGUCAUGAUCCAUCUUUUUGACACCAUGGACGAGGCGUCCCCGCCGUCUCUGACCGAUCUGUGCAUGUCUCUGGUGAGCUCCAGGCUGGAGCUCUUCUGUGAGAUGCGUGAUGACGGCUCUCUCUCCUUCCGUGAGCCGCUCGUCUUCCCGCAGGAACUGGCCGACCAACUGCUCUGCAAGAUGGCCACUGAGGGCAUGUUGAAUGACAACACGGUGGGAAUUUUCCGAAGCUGCCAGCAGUUCCGCUUGCGUCACGCCUGCAUCCGCACCGCCCGAAUCUCCGCCGAGGCCUUCCAGAGGGCCCUCUGCCCCCACCGUCUCGUGGAGCUUAACGCAUCACGGGUCAACGCUGACCUCACCAUUGCCGACAUCCUUCGAGGUCUCUCGUCCAGUAAAACCCUGCAGGAGAGCCUGCAGCGGCUCGUCCUGAACGGCCUGACCAUGUCUUCUCUGGAGGAGCCCAGCCGUCGCUGUUUCAGCGCCAUGCAGGGUUUGCGGGCACUCAGCGUGUCCAACGUCGACUUUUACGACUCUGGCUUGGUGGACGUGUGCGCGCUGCCUCGCCUGGAGAGUUUGGAUAUCUCCAACACCUCAGUGACGAACCUGACCCCGCUCCUGGGGUUGAGAAACAGGCUACGCUACCUCACCAUGCACCAGCUCAAGAGGCUGGAGAUGACCACCGCUCAGCUGCUAGCUGUGCUCAGUCAGCUGGAGGGUUUACAGCACCUUGAUAUCUCCGACGAUAAGCAGUUCACGUCGGACGUGGCUCGGCAGCUGCUGGAGAUUCCUGGCAUCCUUCCUCAGCUGGUGUCUCUGGACGUGUCUGGCCGCAAGCAGGUGACUGAUACAGCGGUCAAGGCUUUUGUGGAGGCGAGACCGGGCAUGACCUUCGUUGGUCUGCUGGCCACUGAUGCUGGAUUCUCUGACUUCCUGUCUGGAGAGGGCAGCUUAAAGGUGACUGGGGAAGCCAAUGAGACACAAAUCUGUGAGGCGUUGAGAAGGUACAGUGAGAGAGAGGGCUUUGUUAGAGAGGCUCUCUUCCACCUCUUCAGCCUCACUCAUGCCAUCGAGAAACCACGACCUGACAUCCUGAAGUUGGUAGCUUUGGGGAUGAAGAAUCAUCCGGCCACAUUGAAUGUGCAGCUGGCAGCCAGUGCCUGCGUGUUCAACCUCACCAAACAGGAACUGGCCUUUGGAAUCCCUGUGCGGCUUCUGGGGAACGUCACACAGCUGUUACUCGAAGCCAUGAAGACCUUCCCCAACCACCAACAGCUGCAGAAGAACUGUCUGCUGUCUCUGUGCAGCGAUCGAAUCUUGCAGGAGGUUCCCUUCAACAGGUUUGAGGCUGCAAAGCUGGUGAUGCAGUGGCUGUGUAACCACGAGGAUCAGAACAUGCAAAGGAUGGCCGUAGCUAUUAUCUCCAUCCUCGCUGCCAAGGUGAGCAGCCACAGUCUGCGGUUGUCCACUGAGCAAACUGCACAAUUGGGAGCCGAGCUUUUUAUUGUUAAGCAACUCCUGCACAUUGUGCGGCAGAAGACUUGUCAGGGUACCGUCGACGCCACGUUGAAGUUCACACUCAGUGCUUUGUGGAACCUCACGGAUGAAUCUCCUACCACCUGCAGACACUUCAUAGAGAACCAGGGACUAGAGCUCUUCAUCAAAGUACUUGAGUCCUUUCCAUCAGAGUCGUCCAUUCAACAGAAGGUCUUAGGUUUACUGAAUAAUAUCGCUGAGGUGGGGGAGUUGCAUGGUGAGCUGAUGGUUCAGAGUUUUCUGGAUCAUAUCCGCUCUCUGCUGCAAAGUCCAGAGGUGGAGGUCAGUUAUUUCGCUGCAGGCAUCUUGGCCCAUCUCACCUCACGGGGCGAGAAGGUGUGGACCCUCGAUCUGUCGCUCAGGACAACAUUGCUGGAACAACUGCAUUCGGCGAUUCUGAAGUGGCCAACGCCGGAAUGUGAGAUGGUUGCGUACAGGUCGUUUAACCCUUUCUUCCCUUUACUGGAGUGCUUCCAGACCCCGGGAGUUCAGCUGUGGGCAGCAUGGGCCAUGCAGCACGUCUGCAGCAAAAAUGCGGGGCGGUACUGCAGCAUGUUACUGGAGGAGGGAGGACUGCAGCAGCUAGAGGCCGUGAGGUCACAUCCCAAAACCCACAGCGAUGUGCAGCGAUUGGCUGAAAGCAUCCUAGACAGUUUACAUCGUCACAGAGCACGCACAGGAUACGCAGGGCCGCCCAAAAUACACACGCAUACAGAGAAAAACAUUCCAUGACACGACUCUUUUGGUUCGUGGUCUCUGGAUAGGACGUCGCAAAAAACUGGAAGCUUUUUUUUUUGUAUGUGUACGUGUUCACUCGUGCCCAUCCGUAUGACAACGAUACUCUGCUGUUCUUUCUGCUAAGAGGAACGUGUGGAUGAGUUACUUUGCAUAUGUUUGCACACGACGGAAUCCGUUAUUUAUUUGAAAUAAGUCUCCGUGAUCUGAUGAUGUUUAUUUAGACGGGCAGCAGCUCAGAGAGUGUGUGUUUGUUAAUACAUGAUUAUGUAUGUGUGUGUGUGUGUGUGUGCAUGUCCACGUGUACCAAGAGCAUGUGCAUCAGAAUGCUAUGUAUGCAUACUCAGAUUUGGAUGCAACUCCAUAGGAAAUUUCAUUUAUGUGACAGAUUUCUGUCCUAUUGGGCAUAAAAUGCAAUAAUAUACUCGGAUACAGUUGGGUUACGUAGAAAUACAUGAACAUAUUUAAUAAGUUUGAACUGUUUGGUGAAAUUCAGUGUGGAAUAUGUUAAAAUUUCGUGUGUGAGUGAGGGGAAAAAAGUGUGUGAUCUGUGAGAUGCAUUCAACAGCAUGAGAGCUUUAGGGAUGAAAUAUAUUUUUAUACACAGUAUAUCAACUGUGGCAGAUGACAAUGUUUAUGAUGGUCCAUGUGUCGUAUUUGCGCGCAAAGUAUUACGAUUCAGAUUCGAGUUUGUUUUAAAAAUGGUAUAAAAUGGACUGAACACCCAAGCAGAAGAUUCCACAGAAGCUGAAAUGAUCAAAAGAACAGGUGGAGAUGAAUAAACUCAAAGCUUUUGCCUUCAGACUCUCUUUAUUGCACAGAUCUGUCGAGGUGAAGCAGGAACUCGUCAGUAAAUGGACAGUUGCCUCGUAAACCAUUUGGAGAAAUCAAGCAACUGACUGUGAUGGUAGCCAUAAAAAAAUGGACACAGAUAAAUGGCACCUGGCAAGAACUUGGGGAAUAUUUGUUCUGGAUCAUGGAGCAAAGUUGAUUUGCCAAAAGUCAUUGGAUUUGCCUUCUUGCUAAAACAUACAUGCAUACAGACUUAAGUUUAAACAGCAGGUUAAACUUGUCCUGUUUAUUAUUAUUAUUAAAAAAAAAAAAGAAGAUGCUCCAUUUUGUUUCGAUGAACUAAAGAAGCUUUUUUUGUAUAUCAAUGUUUCAUUUCCCUGGAUGUGUGUAUGCUUCUAUUCGCAGCAUGGAUUUGGUUUUCUGUUUGUAACUGGGCCAUGAAUAAUGAUGAGAUACUCCAACAACUAUGCUUUGUUCCAGAAAAUCUUGUUGUGUCAUGCAGCUGUUCUUGCAAAUCGCAUGAAAUAUAAGUCCUUGUUAUAAUUUGGACUGGAAUUCUAAUUUUGUUGAGUGUUUGGCAACUUUGGCCAGUUUGUUCAACUGAAAUGCCCGUUUUUGGAUUAAGUUUCGACGUUAACAAUUAUUUGACGUUCAGUUUAAUCUGCCACUGUAUAAAUGGACCAAAUGACCUCCGGCUUCACUGAACUCUACAGGCCGAGCGCGGAUACUCUCAUCACGUAUGUGGAUUUUGGUUCUGUGCCGUACUGCGGUUAUCUUCCUCGCGCAGAGUGUAAAUGAGCUGAAAAACCAGAGGAAGCUACAGUGUCAUACUGCCGCUCAGAUUCCCGUUUAUGCAAAAUUAUGUUUGGGGAAUAAAGAAUGUAAAGCUG